UAUCUCUAGCUUCAUGCUAAGCACUUGAGAACAUUCAGGACGUAACAUGUAUGGUCCUCCAAUAGACCUGUCUUUCAAAGACCUCAGCCAUGUCGCAGAUGCUCUGGAGGAGAUUCCCCGCCUUCCCCUGCGCCCCUUAAGGAUCAACUCGGACAACAAGUACCUGAGCCAGUCGAUGCGUCUGAACAACAACAACCUCACAAACCUCGUUGGCCUUGAAUUCAUUUUGAGUCAUUUUCUGGCUCAGCCAUCAUUGGUUGGCUGGCUGGAUCUCUCCUGCAACAAAAUAACAAGUAUUGAAUGUGUUCUAUGUGAGCUAAAGGAGCUGCGUGUUUUGUAUCUGCAUGGCAAUGACAUCUGGAGCCUGAGUGAAGUAAACAAGUUAAAGGAGCUGAAUUAUCUGCACACCAUCACGCUUCAUGGAAAUUUGAUCGAAAACAUCAAAGGCUACAGGAAUUACGUUAUUUCGAUAUUGCCUCACCUGAAGAGGAUGGACUUCAGUGCUGUGACUCGCGAGGAGAAGGUCUUGGCGAAUAUUUGGUCUACGAACAUCAAACCGCCCAGAACACGACCCAAAGAUGCGUCAGAAGAUGAUUAAACUAUUUUUGUUCCUACUGACUGGGCUUGUUAAGCAGAAGAUUCUUCUCAGAUGAGCCUUGGAAGUGACAGCCUUCCUCUUAUGAGUUUCACCCUGAAAAAUCCUUCACUGUGUGGAUUUAAAUGUCCCUGAAUCAACAUAUGGUGAGGACUAACCUGGCCACUGAAGCCAAAACCAAAACAGAAAUCUUUUGAGAGUUCAUUUAGAUUCUGUGGAUCGGAAUAUUGAUGUCGAUAUUUGUGUGAGGUGUAGCAGUGACUCUGUCGUCUUUUAAAGCUGCUCUUCCAGAUUCCUGGUCAAAAYAUUUAGCCCAUGUCCCAAACUGUGCUGUAAAGAAAGUCUCGAUGAAUAUCUUUCAGUCAGGAUGGCGGUUGCCCUCUCAGACGGUGCUCCAGGAAAUACUUUGCACUCCGGAGAGUUUUGACUGCAGACUGGCUACUGUACAUGAACAUUACUUUUUAUCUUGAUGCAAAAGGCUGCCGUGAAAUAAAACGCAUGAAUCAGGA